AUGACGACGCAGUACGAACCUUCGGCGCACUUCCACAGCGCCGCAGCCUACCUCUCGUCCGCCUUGUCACUGAAGCAGGUGUCCUCGUCCACGAAACUCGAGCUGUACGGCCUGUUCAAGCACCUCACCGUCGCGCCCAAGCCGGACGCCUCGCGGCCGUCGAUCUUCGAUAUGGUCGGGAGAGCCAAGUGGGAUGCGUGGGAUGGGGCGGAGAAGAAGUACCAGAUACCGAAAGAGGCGGAGAAGAGGUAUUUGGAGAUUGCGAGGGGGUUGGGGUGGAGUGAGGGUAGUGUUGUUGAGAAGGCAAAACCAGCUGUGUCGAAAACGGGAGAGGAGGGGGAUAUUUGGGACGAUGAGGACUCUGGGAAGGGUAGUGGGGGAGGAGGAAGCUUGGGCUUGACUGUGAGCACCCUGGCUGCUCCCCCCUCUCCUCAGGUAGCGGAUUUUAGCAUACACGGGCUCGCGCUGUCGAACGACGUUUUUGGCCUGACGGCGCUUUUGGAUGGGGAGCCGGAGAUUGACGUGAAUGCGUUGGACGAAUUUGGAUACGCGCCGAUUCACCUGGCUUGCGAUAGGGGGCAUAUAGACAUCGUACAGAUCUUACUGAGGCGUGGGGCGGACCGGAAUAUCAAGGACCCCGACGGCCUCACUCCGCUGGAGCUUGCUCAGGAAGCUGGACGCGUCGAGAUUGAAAAGAUACUCGUAUCUAGUCCUUGA